AACAUAACCAAAACACAAACCAAAAAUUCAUUUGCAAAAAAAUGGCAUCAUCACUUAAUGGCAGAAAACCAAGUGAAAUUUUCAAGGCACAAGCUUUAUUAUACAAACACAUAUUUGCCUUCAUAGAUUCCAUGUCUCUUAAAUGGGCUGUUGAAAUGAACAUACCAAAUAUUAUUCACAAUCAUGGCAAACCAAUUUCACUUUCAAAUUUAGUUUCAAUUCUUCAAGUUCCAUCGUCGAAAAUAGGUAACGUGCGGCGUCUCAUGCGUUACCUCGCGCACAACGGAUUCUUUGAGAUAAUUACAAAAGAAGAAGAGUCUUAUGCUCUCACUGUUGCUUCAGAGCUUCUUGUUAGAGGUAGUGAUCUUUGUUUAGCACCAAUGGUUGAGUGUGUUCUUGAUCCAACUCUUUCGGGUUCGUAUCAUGAGCUGAAGAAAUGGAUUUAUGAGGAAGAUCUUACACUCUUUGGUGUUACUUUAGGGUCUGGUUUUUGGGAUUUUCUUGAUAAAAAUCCUGAAUAUAAUAGAUCAUUUAAUGAUGCAAUGGCUAGUGAUUCUAAAUUGAUAAACUUGGCAUUGAGAGAUUGUGAUUUUGUGUUUGAUGGAUUGGAAUCAAUUGUGGAUGUUGGUGGUGGAAAUGGAACCACUGGUAAAAUUAUUUGUGAGACUUUUCCUAAGUUGAAAUGUAUUGUGUUUGAUAGGCCACAAGUUGUAGAGAACUUAUCUGGAAGCAAUAAUUUGACUUAUGUUGGUGGGGACAUGUUCACAUCUAUUCCUAAUGCUGAUGCAGUUUUGCUUAAGUAUAUUUUACAUAAUUGGACUGAUAAGGAUUGCACAAGGAUACUGAAGAAAUGUAAAGAAGCUGUUACAAAUGAUGGGAAAAAAGGGAAGGUGAUUAUUAUAGAUAUGGUCAUAAAUGAAAAGAAAGAUGAGAAUCAAGUUACUCAAAUUAAGCUCCUUAUGGAUGUAAACAUGGCUUGUCUUAAUGGAAAAGAGAGAAAUGAGGAAGAAUGGAAGAAACUCUUCAUAGAAGCUGGUUUCCAAGACUAUAAGAUAUCUCCUUUGACUGGAUUUUUGUCUCUUAUUGAGAUCUAUCCAUAAACACUUUUGUAUUGAUCCAUCAUGCAUUCCAUUGUUUACAUGCUAUAAAGAUAUCUUGUUGUCUAUUAUAAUAUCUCAGUUGUAAUAUCCAUUUGUUAGUAACAAAUAAUAGAAUUUGCAUUCAUGUAUGAUUUUUACCUUUUUAAUGAUGAUUAACGAACUCUCUAUUUUA